AUGGAAGACCUGUUUCGAGAUACGGUUGUCGGGCAAAUACUGCGGCUUGUUACUGGAAGAAGGAUUCUCCAAUAUCCUGAGGAGCGAGAUCCAUCCAUAUGGCAGAGAUACCUCAACGUCGAAAAGUCGGCCAACAUGGCUAUCCAUGGCACCACGGCCACACCUCAACAAGAAAAAGAACUUUCUAGUGCAUCCUCGUCCGAUCCGCCUACGCCUCCAACGGAAGAGAAGCAGCAGCAACGAGAAACGCCGUCAAAUUACGACCAGACCACUAUCCCAGCAGAGGCAAAGGAACAAUUAGACCUAACGUCCGCCCCUCGACAUCCAGAUCCCCAUUUUCAAGGGCCUUCUCGCCGUUCUUCGGGCUCGGCAUCGACAGUCAACGAGUUCGAAAAUGUCCUGGUCAAUACUCUCAGUGGCACAAGAGUCGACCCUGAGAGAGGGCGGGAUGCAGACAUUGUGGAUUGGUACGGUCCUGACGAUCCAGAAAAUCCUCGAAACUGGGGCCGAUUCAAGAAAAUCUGGGUUACCUUCGAGAUCUGCCUCUUGACCUUUUCCGUCUACAUUGGCUCUUCCAUAUAUUCUGCUGGUAUCUUGGAUGUGAGCAAGGACUUCGGGGUUAGUCGUGUCGCUGCCACUCUAGGUCUGACAUUGUUCGUGUUGGGCUAUGGAGUCGGUCCGAUGUUUCUAAGUCCCUUGUCGGAGCUACCGCAGACUGGAAGAGGCCCUAUCUACAUUGGGACUCUAGCGCUCUUCGUCAUUCUGCAGGUUCCGACUGCGUUAGCCACCAAUUUCGGCAUGCUGAUGGCAUUCCGCUUCAUCACGGGUUUUGUGGGAUCGCCUCCCCUUGCCACCGGAGGCGCCACGAUUGGGGACAUGUAUUCUCCGUCCAAAAGAACAUAUGGGAUGGCUGUUUGGGGUAUUGGAGCCGUGUGUGGACCUACCAUGGGCCCUCUUGUCGGGGGCUUCGCGGCGGAAUCAGAAGGAUGGACCUGGACGAUUUGGGAACUCAUGUGGCUGUCCGGGUUCACCUUGGUCCUUCUCCUGUUCUUGAUGCCGGAGACUUCUUCGGCCAACAUCCUUUACCGACGCACAAUGCGCCUUCGCAAAUUGACGGGCAACCAAAAACUCAUGUGCGAGCCACAACUCAUCGGCGAACAAAUGACGGCCAGAGAAAUCGUCAUGAUGACCCUCGUCCGCCCUUUUCUUUUGUGUUUCACGGAACCCAUGGUCUUCCUGCUGAACAUGUACAUCGCCCUCAUCUACGGAUUGCUGUAUAUCUGGUUUGAGAGUUUCCCCAUCGUCUUCAGUGGAAUCUACGGCUUCAGUCUGGGCCUCGAAGGCACUGCGUUUCUGGGCAUCCUCAUUGGUGUCCUGCUCACCCUCCCGCCGUUCGUCUGGUACCAGAUGAAAUACAUUGAGCCCAAGUUCAACGACAAGGGCGAGCUGCAGCCCGAGUGGCGCCUUCCGCCUUCCUUCGUCGGCGCCUUUGCAAUCCCAAUCUGUCUGUUCUGGUUCGGGUGGUCUGCCCGGCCGGACAUUCAUUGGAUCAUGCCCAUCAUCGGCACGGCCUGGUUCUCCGUGGGCGCAUUCUUGCUCUUCAAUUCGGUCCUCAAUUACCUGGCGGACGCAUAUCCGGCGUACGCUGCGAGCGUGUUGGCCGGCAACGACUUCUUCCGGUCCUCCUUCGGCGCAGGUUUUCCGCUGUUUGCCUCGGCCAUGUACAACAACCUUGGAGUCGGCUGGGCGAGUUCGACAUUGGGAUUUCUCGCUAUUGCGUUCAUCCCCAUCCCUUUCUUCCUGUUCAAGUACGGUGAGCGGCUGAGGAUGAAGAGCAGAUAUGCUCAGAAGGACUACUAG